UCUUUGCCUUCCUGCCUUCUAAAAAUUCACCCAAGAUCUAGUUUUUCUUUUUCAAACAAACACACACACCUACAUUUGUAAAAAACCAAUUUAAGAAACACUUAAAGAUCCCAACUUUAUUCAUUAUCAAGUGUAAUGGGGAAGAAAGGAGGCUGGUUUUCUUCAAUUAAGAGGACUUUGAGUCCAAGCUCGAAAAAAAGACAGAAAUCUUUGGAGGAACAUCAUGCAGUGCCUGAUACACCAAAUCUAGAAAAUGCCGGUGGUUCUUGUGAUUCUCAUUCUUUUCUGCCACCAGUGGACGUGAAACCGAUUGUGGUGGAAAAUGAGCAACCACAACAUACUUAUUCUGUUGCAGAUGCCAGUGUUGCCACUACAUCAACAGCAGUAACAGCCACCACUUCACGAUAUUCAGGAAAGUCAAAGGAGGAACUUGCAGCCACCAGGAUUCAGACUGCUUUUCGCGGUUACUUGGCAAGAAGGGCAUUAUGGGGUUUAAGAGGGCUUGUUAGAUUGAAAGCAGUGGUUGAAGGGACUAAUGUCAAACGGCAAACGGCCAACACCCUCAAAUGCGCAAAAAGUUUAUCCCAUUUGCAGUCCCAGAUCAAUUCUAGAAGAAUCCGGAUGUCAGAGGAGAACCAAGCUCUUCAAAAACAACUUAUUCGAGCUAAAGAGCUUGAAAACAUGCAGAAUGGAGAUGAGUGGAACGACAGUGUGCAGUCUAAGGAAGAGAUGGAAGCAAAACUUCUAAAUAAAUACGAGGCUACUAUGCGUAGAGAACGGGCCAUGGCUUAUUCCUUUUCUCAUCAGCAACCUUGGAAGAAAUCCACAGGAACAACAAACAUGCUUUUCAUGGACCCGACCAAUCCUCAAUGGGGUUGGAGCUGGUCAGAGCGAUAUGUGCCUCGAGGUGAAAAAGAUUCAGGAAAUGAUCAAACGUCCAAUAAAAGUGGUAUCAAUAUUACUAGGAGCGAAAUUGCAAAGUCUUACGCUCGACACCAACUCAAUUCGGCCCCUUCAACUCCUCGGUCAAAAGCUGGUGGUCCUGUUGCAUCACGUAAACCAAAGCCCAAUCCUAGCCCACAAGCUCACGGUUCAGGGCUCGAGGCUAACCUGGACGAUGACUCAAAAAGCGUUGUCAGUGUUCAAUCUGAAAGAAAUAGAAGGCACAGUGUUGGAGGGUCUAUGGUGAAGAAUGGUGAGAGUUUGCCUAGUUCUCCUGCUGCCCGUAAACGUAUGGUGCUUGCUAAGUCAUCAGCAAAGGCAAAACCACGAGAGGAGGGCCUAUCAGAGAGCGGUGAUGAUGGCAGGAACACAGCAGUGGGUUCGGGUGGAAAUGUGAAGAAACAACUUACUUAUCCAAAGCGGCAUUCCGGGCCACCAAAGGUUGAAUGAUCUAUCUUUUGUACUUAAAAAGGGUUCAAAAUAAGGAAAAUAUUUGGAAAAAAUGGAUAGUCAUUCAAAUGAUAUUUUUUGAAAUGUGUAAUUGGGAGGGAAAUCACUCGAGUUAUAUGCAUAUGUGUAUUGUAAAUCAUUAUUUAUUUACGUAAUUGUAUGAAAAUUUAUGUAAUUAUUGCUCAUAUGCUACAUUGCUUUUUGUGUA